AUGUACUCGUCAAACAAAACAGCCAUGCUCAGGCAAUUAGGAGGCUCAAUAAGGCCGAUCAAAACAGUAUCGCCAUCCAUAGCACAACUUCCAUUCUAUCAACACACAUCUAAACGUAAUGUCUCAUCAAAAGAGUUGACACCAAAGCAACUACCAACCGACUUCCCGUUAAUGUCAGAAAAGACAGCCUCAAGUCCAAUAGAUUAUGCAUUGACUUCAUUAGAUGCUAUAGCAAACUGGGCCAGGAAGUCGUCAUUUUGGCCAGUUACUUUCGGAUUAGCAUGUUGUGCAGUGGAGAUGAUGCAUGUCUCGGCACCAAGAUACGAUCAAGAUAGGUUGGGUAUUAUUUUCAGAGCCUCGCCACGUCAAUCAGAUAUCAUGAUUGUUGCUGGAACGUUGACCAACAAGAUGGCGCCAGCAUUGAGACAGGUUUACGACCAGAUGCCAGAUCCAAAGUGGGUUAUUUCUAUGGGUUCAUGUGCAAAUGGUGGUGGAUACUACCAUUACUCGUAUUCAGUUGUGAGAGGUUGUGAUAGAGUCAUUCCUGUUGAUAUAUACGUACCUGGAUGUCCACCAACUGCAGAGGCCUUGAUGUAUGGUGUUUUCCAAUUGCAAAAGAAGAUGAUGAAGACUAGAAUCACAAGAUUGUGGUACAGAAGCUGA